CAUAAAACUGUUAUCAAAUCAUAAAUUUAUGUUCCUUUCCCGGCCAUCGGAGAGACACAAUCGGAAAUCGGAAGGCAUAUCCGUUUCUCGCCGGCCAUCAUGCCGAUGCCGAACUACCAGCAGAUGCAGACCUCAAUUCGCCAUACGCAGACCUCUUCCUCAUCCUCUACUUCCAGACUUCUUCUUCUUCUAACCUUCCUCCCUCUCACUCUCGCAGCCUUGGCUUUCGUCCUCCAAUGGCGCGGUGGACUCACCGAUCCCGCCACUCGCUGGUCUCCCCCCGGUUCAUACCAGUUCCCCGGCAUGGACGCCUCCCCACUCUCCCCGAUUUCCCGCCAUUCCCCGCCUUCUGCUUCUGGCUGUCUCAAUCUCGGCCGGAGUGUCUCGCCUUCGUUCCCCUACUACCAGGACUGGAAGUUCGAUCCCGGAUCGAAUUUGAAGCCUAAGAUAUGCAUUACAACAAGUACGUCAGCAGGAUUAGAGCAAAUUUUACCCUGGAUGUUCUAUCACAAGGUCAUUGGGGUUGCAACCUUUCUACUUUUUGUGGAGGGAAAAGCUGCAUCUCCCGAUGUGACUAGAGUUUUGGAGUCAAUUCCUGGAGUGAAGUUGAUUUUCAGAACAAAAGAGUUAGAGGACCAGCAGGCACAAAGUCGGAUCUGGAAUGAAACAUGGCUUUCUGGUUUCUUUUACAAACCUUGCAAUUAUGAACUAUUUGUGAAGCAAUCUCUCAAUAUGGAGAUGGCUAUUAUUAUGGCAAGGGAUGCUGGAAUGGAUUGGAUAAUUCAUCUUGAUACUGAUGAGUUGGUACAUCCAGUCGGUGCUCAGGAGUACUCCUUGAGGCAGUUGCUGCUUGACGUGCCAGGAAAUGUUGAUAUGGUUAUUUUUCCUAACUAUGAAAGCAGUGUUGAGAGAGAUGAUAUAAAGGAACCUUUUACUGAGGUGUCAAUGUUCAAGAAAAAUUUUGACCACCUACCCAAGGAUACAUAUUUUGGCAUGUAUAAAGAAUCAGCUCGUGGUAAUCCAAAUUACUUUUUGACUUAUGGAAAUGGGAAAUCAGCUGCUCGAAUUCAAGAUCAUCUUCGACCAAAUGGUGCACACAGAUGGCAUAAUUACAUGAAAACCCCAAAUGAGAUUAAAUUGGAAGAAGCUGCUGUAUUACACUACACAUAUGCAAAGUUUUCUGACUUGACCUCUAGACGUGAUCGCUGUGGCUGCAAACCUACCCAAGAUGACGUGAAAAGAUGCUUUAUGUUGGAAUUUGAUAGAACUGCAUUCAUUAUUGCUUCUACUGCAACCCAGGAGGAAAUGAUGAAUUGGUACCGAGAACACGUUGUGUGGGGUGAUGAAAACCUAAGAAUCAAAUUGUUGAGAAAGGGCAUUUUAACUCGAAUCUAUGCUCCUAUGGUGAUUAUACAGGGAUUAAGGGAGAGUGGUGUCUUCGAAUCUAUUAUUGCAUCAGCUUCUGAAACUCAUUCAAAGGAGAAAUUCCUAUCAUCCAUCACUAGCAGUAACUUGAGCAGAGCCGUUGCCUCUCAAUCUCUUCCAUCUAGGACGGCGAUAGGCAGAAGCAAAACGUACCAAGCAACUGCAAGGAAGGCCCUGCACACAGAAACUGAUCAGUGGCGGCACAAAUCCGCCGUUCCACCCCAAUCUCCUCCUGGAAUAAACUACGAAGCUCUACAUCUCGUAAGAGAUACAUGAUUCGUAUAACAUGACUGUCGUUUUUCGGUCUGCGGUGUGGAUAUGCAUUGUAAUACUUAGCUACCUCUGGUAGGAGUAUGAAAAGAACAGAUCAAAACUAUUCUUUCUUCAUUGUAUAACAUUAUUCUAAUUAUGAAACUCCGCAACCGUUUUCUGAGUA